AUUUAACCUGCAGCUGAGGGAGAGGCUGAAGUGUUGAAGUUUGAGGAUAAUAUAUAUAUCUCUAUAUCUCCGAGUUCUCUCCCCCACAUUAAAGAAAGUGUUUUCUGUAAAUUCUGCUGAGGGAUUGAACCAUACAUCGGAGUUUAUGUAUAAUUUUAUUUAGAAAAAAGCUUUUUUUUUUUUUGUGAUAUAACAGAAUCCUAUAUAAAACUUAUUUUUGCCUAAAAACAUAAAAUGUUUUUGAGACAUUUUACAAUGUCUCUUUUUUUAUAUUUUGUACUCCUGUUGUUGGUGCAGUUGCCAGAAUGUCGUGGUCAGAAGUCUUCGAGUCCCAGGUGGCUGAUCGGGGACCAGGAGUCGCAGUGCCAUGUUCAGUGCUUGCGGACACAGGGGGGCAAGCCGGUGUGUGGCUCCGAUGGCCGGAACUACGAUACAGGCUGUGAAUUCCAGAGGGCACGCUGCAGAGACCCUUCGCUGAGCAUCCUGAAGCGCGGACGCUGCAAAGGAAAAAACUGGGCACGUGCCGAACAGCCGCCCGCAACAGCAGCCCCAACAGCAGCCCUGGAGAUGAAGGGCUUUGAGCAGAGAGACUCAGGGGUGACGAAAUGCCAGGGUGAGAGGUCCCAAGCUCAGGAUCUAGCCAAGAAGCCGCAGGAGUCUGUCUUCAUCCCUGAGUGCAACGAGGACGGGUCCUUCACACAGGUUCAGUGCCACACGCUGACGGGGUACUGCUGGUGCGUCACCCCAGACGGGAAACCCGUGAGUGGCUCCUCCGUUCAGAACAAGACCCCGGUGUGUUCAGGUUCAGUAACUGAUAAGCCAUUGGGGCAGCCUAGCUCGGGGAGAAAAGUUUCUUUUCGUUUCUUUUUAACUCUUAACCCAGAUGACGGAUCCAAGCCCACUCCCACGAUGGAGACCCAGCCUAUGUUCGAUGGCGAUGAGAUCACGGCUACGACCAUGUGGUUGCUGGACUUCAUCAACAAGGAAACCAGUCAGAACAGCUCGAGCCUGAGGAACCCAGAGAAAGUUCCUUCUUGUGACCAGGAGAGGCAGACGGCCCAGGAGGAGGCGCGGCAGAGAGACCCGAGAGACGCCAUCUUCAUCCCCGAGUGCGGCCUGGCGGGGCUCUACAAGCCUGUUCAAUGCCACCAGUCCACCGGCUAUUGCUGGUGUGUGCUGGUGGAUAGCGGGCGGCCCAUUCCUGGCACCGCCACGCGGUACCAGACCCCCGAGUGUGACAGCGCAGCGCGGUCUCGCAGCUCAGAGGCAGAGGAUCCCUUCAGGGACAGAGAGCUGCCAGGAUGCCCAGGCACGAAGAAAGUGGAGUUCAUCACCAGCUUGCUGGAUGCCCUCUCUACCGACAUGGUGCAGGCUAUAAACUCACCAGCUCCAUCUGGUGUUGGGAGGUUCUCGGAGCCAGACCCCAGCCACACUCUGGAGGAGCGGGUGGUCCACUGGUACUUCGGGCAGCUCGACAACAAUGGCAGCAGCGACAUCAACAAGAAGGAGCUGAAGCCCUUCAAGCGCUACGUCAAGAAGAAAGCCAAGCCCAAGAAAUGUGCCCGCAAGUUCACAGAGUACUGCGACCUCAACAAGGACAAGGCCAUCUCCCUGCUGGAGCUCCAGGGCUGUCUGGCUGUCAGCAAGGACACAGGUAGUGCCGUCGGAAGCAUCCAUCCUGGGAAAAGACAAGGAGCCAAUUCCUUCAUAGGACGUCUGGUCUGAAGAGGGACAGUCUCAUGAGCUAAGAGAGAGAGAGCAGAGGAAGACAGCAGCAGCAGGCUUCCAUUUGCAAGCACUCAAAAAAAGAAGAAAAAAGCAAUAAUGAUUAAAGCAAAAAAAGUGGCACCAAAAUAUUUGCACUUUCUGAAAAACAAAAUUAUGAAACGUUACCUGUUUAGUGUUUUUUAUUUUUUUUAAGCAUAACGAUAAACAUUGACAGAAACAGCUACUUGUUUGAAAAGCAGUCUUUCAUGACUUCUGUGUAAUUUACUGUCCCGUCUGCCCCUUUGUGCUGUACAGUAUGGGCCUUGAUCCACUUUGUGUCCCAUUUUGGCCCAUGCAUUUGUUCUCACACUCAUUCAUAUGACCCUGGCAAUGCAUUUUCUUUGUGCUACCAACCUGUCAGCAAAAUGUGUUUCUUCCUCCAGGCCAGUGCGCUGUCCACAUGUUGCCAACAGUUUUCCUUCCCAGUCACCGACCAGUAGGUCAUUGUAAUAAUAUGACUUUCAAACAUAUGUACACUGACUGGCCAACAAAACGUGCAUAAUGUAAGUAAAUGAGAAAAAACCCAUAGUCCACAAUGUAUGUAAGCAGUGAUGUCACAUGUAAUUGAAUUGACUACACCUGCAGCCACAAUUAUGAGAAAACAGAAGGAUCUCAGUGACUUCACAAGGGGUUGGUAGUGAGUAUGUGUGUGGCCAGCCUGUGAAUCAAGACAGCCCCUCUGGUGUUCCUGGAAUUGCAAUGCUUGCAGAAAACCACCAGCAGAAAGCAUGACUCCUGCCACAAGGGGGUCGUGACGGAUCGAGACCACAGACGUGUGCAAUGUAUUGGGACCAACAACUGACAGUGUGCUGCACAGGCACCUUCAACACGGUGCAAGACGCGGCGAUGGGAGCAGUGCAUUGUGGGCUAUUAAGUGAGUUCUCCAUUCAUUUGGCCAGUCAGUGUAAAUACAGCUCCAUGCACUCAACCUGGCGGCCCCUCUUUCCAGAUCACAGGAAGUAGCCUAUAAGAUCUAAAAUCUUAGACCUUAUAGGUUUAUUACCAAAUUCAUUAAAAAGGAAGGACCUUGAAUUUUUUUUACAUACAAGUUCAUUUCAGGUGGCAGACUGUCGGUAGUCUCAAAAUGGAAGGAUUUAUAAUGCAAUGGCAAGUAACUUAAUUACAGCUCUCAAGGUGAAUGCUUACUGUGUAAAGAUGUAUGAUAUGUGUCUCGUUAGCCUUUGGUUACACUUGUAAGGUGUGGGUUUUGCUGUUCCUUUAAGAGUGUUUGCAGUAAGGAGAUCUCAGUAGGUGUGCUGUCCUUGCUGUUACCCUGGGAUCCAGCUGCAGGACUGUGUGUUGGGGCUCCGACCAGCGUCUCUAGCAGGUGAUGCAGUCAUCUGGCUUCCAGCUUGUCUGGAUAAUCUGAAAUCAGUCUUCAUCUGGCUUCCAGCUUGUCUGGAGAAUCUGAAAUCAGUCUUCAUCUGGCUUACAGCUUGUCUGGAGAAUCCGAAAUCAGUCUUUUGCUAAAAGAAAUUUGGCCAAUAUUGAAAACGAUAAAUAAAUAUAUAUUUAAAUACAAUGAAUAAACUGAAUACAUUGUAACACUUUUGUAAUUGGAAACGGUGUAUUUAAGCCAUGUUAAAAGUUACAUUGCACAAAUUAAAUAAUCAACACAAAUAGGUAACUUUAUUUUUACACAUUUGAAUGUAACUAUAACAGUUGAAAAUGACGCUUUAUAUCUGCUCUAUAUGCACUCUGUGAUACAUUAUUAAUCUAGAGCAGCGCCACGGUUACAAAUAUUUGAUUGUACAAAGUUCAAAGCACAAUCUGUCUGGGAAAGCAGACAUUGUGAAAUGGUUUAAUUACGCAUUACAUUGUUCAAACAGUGCUCCCCAUUCAGUAAGACAGAGAAAGAUUAAUGGAGUGGCAGUAAGUUAAUUUAUAUUUUGUAUGGUCCAUGGUACAACUGAGAACUUACAAUGUACUCAGAAUUCAAAAUCGUGUUCAAUCUAAAUCGAUUUUUGUCUGACUGCCCAUCAGUGCAACUGGAGCUUUCUAGUGGUGUGUGACUGGCUGAAAGGGGACAAAUCAGUGACAUCUACUACCACCACAGUGUAAGUACUUUUAAAGGACCAUCAGCAACACCCAAACCUAUCCAUUCUACCUUUUACUUACUUUGUUAAAUAUGGAAAACAAACAUGGAUUUGUACUAUAGCCUGUUGACUUUUUUAUUUGAAAUAAAUAGAAAAAUAUCCA